UUCUAAAGAGGGCACAGAGCUGUACAGAAGUGUUGAAGAGUGUGACAUGCUAUCUGGAGGGUCAUAUCCAGACAGACAACAUCUUGGAAAACCAUGGCAUUGCUAACCUCAACGUAUCUGAUCUUAGUGAGCUACUUUGGGAGGUUAAUGAACCAAUUUAUCAUCUGCAGUGAUAACUGCUCACCUUCUGUCUACUUUCAAAACAACAUGGUCUGUAUUGAUUAUGACCACUGUGACAUGGAUCGAGUUAUUCAAAUCAAAGACUGUUCGGGGGCUGCAAAUUGUCAAGAUGCACCUGCGGGUUUGCACUGUCAAUGUGUCAAAAAAGAGAAUUCCUUUUUAGCAGAACUUUCCAGUUCAUCACCAAGCUGCAGAGAGAUUGACCAGCGUUAUGUCAACAAUACGAUGAUCUUCAAUACUAAAUUUUGUCCACCAGGAUACUAUUUUGACAGGAGAAGGUUCUGCUUUGAGUGGACUUGUGAUCUGCAAGAAGACAUGAAGAUUAACUGGUGUACUAUAAAUAGACGAUGUUUUGAUACCCCUAAUUAUCUCAAUUGCAAAUGUAGGCAAGUGUCUCAUUCAAUCAAAAUACAGGUGGAUGUAGGUUCACAGAGGUGCCUAGAUAUUGAUGAGUGUCUUCAAAAUCCAUGUGGUGCUGAACAAGUCUGCACAAAUAAACCUGGAAGCUACAGUUGUGAUAACAAAACCUGCAUUGACCCAAAUCAAUUUAACAUAUCACGGUGCAAUUUCAUCCACUGGGACCAGCAGAUUCAGAAUCCUUGGUAUACAUUGCACAGAUAUUGUUCUGAGGUUAAUUCGAUUGUUGGACUGGUGAAUGAGCAGUGUCAGGCCCAGAAUGGUGAGCCUGCAUUUCAGAAAAUUCUUUCUACUGCAAAUAAAUUGCUAAGGAAUGACUCCUUAUGGGGGAAUUUGGAAAACGAAAAACGGUUUUAUUUGGCUUCUAUAUUCCUGCAAUCUGUGGAAAAUACUGUGAUAAUUGCCAGUCUAGAUUUACCUGAUCAAGAAAAGAGAAUUGUAUCAACUGAAAAUAUUGAUCUGGAAAUGCAUAGCUUUCGAGGUAAAAGUGCUUCAGCUACUGAAAUAAUCAGACUUCAGACAAAAGGCACCUUUAUAGAUAUUAAUCGAAGUAGAAUCAACAAAGAAAAAACAAUGGGGGCAGACUUUGCUGUGGCAGCUUUGAUCGUACUCAGCAACAUGGAUUCCAUCCUGAAUGGAAGUGUUUACAACCUUGGGACCACUGCUGGAAAACUAAGGCCAUUCCGAUUGAUUUCAGAUGUAUUUUCAGCUGUCAUAAUCAAUAACCACAGUGACGGAUUUGACCAGAUGGUGAACUUCACCAUUAAACACACUGAGGAAGCUAACGUUAAUUCAGAAUUGCACUGUGCCAACUGGAAUUACAUGCCCGGGGAAAGUUAUUGGUCUCCCAAAGGGUGCAUUAAGGGAGUUUCCAACAGGACUCAUACUCAGUGUCGAUGCAAUCAGCUCUCCAGCCUUGCUCUGCUGUUGACCCAUUUCGAAUGGCAGACAGAGCCUUUUGCCCUUACUGUAAUUACAUACGUUGGGAUCCCUGUAUCACUCAUGUGUCUUGCUGUUGCUUUUGGAAUUUUUGCAUUUUGGAAGGAUUUUAAGAGCAUGUUAACUGCCACCCAUAUGCAGCUGUGCUUGAGUCUCUUCCUGGCAGAGCUACUCUUUCUAAUCGGCAUCAACCAAACCAAAAAUCGGGUUGUGUGUGGGAUUAUAGCAGGAUUUUUACACUACUUAUUUCUGGCUGCAUUUGUUUGGAUGUUUCUGGAGGGAGUCCAGCUCUACCUCAUGGUCAGAAACAUCAGAAAAUUGAGGAUCACUCAUUUGGAAAAAAUUGGGAAGUUCAUGUACCCUGUUGGCUACGGAGUUCCUGCAAUAAUUGUGGCUAUUUCUGCUGCAGUGUAUUGCAAUGGCUACGGGUCACUCAGGCACUGCUGGCUACAAACACAUAGAAAAUUUAUCUGGAGCUUCCUGGGGCCUGUUUGUGCAAUAAUUGGGAUCAACACAUUCCUUUUUCUCUUAACACUCUGGUCUUUGAGAGAAUCAGUUUCCAAGCGUGACAUUACAAUAUCUAAACUUCAAAACACGAGAAUGUUGUCAUUUAAAGCCAUCAUGCAGAUGUUUAUCCUGGGCUGUAGCUGGAUUCUUGGUUUGUUUCACUUUAACGAAGAAACCCUGGUAAUGGCCUAUUUAUUUACCAUUGUCAACAGUUUCCAGGGCACCUUCAUCUUUGUCAUCCUGUGUGUAUUAAAUCCCAAGGUGAGGGUCCAGUGCAAGAAAUGGUUUUCCAUGCUAUUCAGAUCAAAGACAAUUGUCUCACCCAAGAAUAGAGCUGCAAUCAUGCCAAAGAAUACCAAGGCGAGCUCAGGGUAAUGAUGAACCUGCUCUUGUCACACACUGUGUGGGAUAGACCUGACGGAUGAAGAAGCAAAGACCAUUAGCUUUACUGCAAUGAUAUGGAUGGACUUUUGAUAGCUACUUGAAUUGACUGGUGUUUGUGCCAAGGACCACGCACAAAUCAGACAAGAAUCUCAUUUCUGGCAACAGAUGCAUUGAACUACCACCCUCUGCAAGCUCCCACUCCAAAUUUAAUGUUAUCAAGACUAGUGAUUAGUACUUGGCCAUUCCUUAGUCAUCACUGUGUCAAAUUUUAAAAUUUCCAUGAGCUAAAAGUGGGAAUUUUUUUCCCAUUUGGGAAAACCUUCAGUGCCUGGACUGCAGAGGUUCAGGUUUGUGGUCCAUUACAUGUUUCUGAAGACAAUAAUUGCUGAGAACAUCCGCAGCUCAUGAAAAAUGUUGAAAUGUUACAUAUUACUGUACACAUCCUUAACUGUGUAUACGUGCUCGGUAGAAGAACUGAAACUGUGACAACAGUAAAGUCUGUUACAAGAAUGAAUAUUUCUCCUGAACCUG